AGCUGACGAGGCCGAGGCUAUAAAAUUUGGCCUCGGCCAGGCCGUUUCGUUCAAGCGCAAGACUCUCACUGAGGCUCGCUCUGCUCUGAAGCUCUGAGUCUGAGCUGCCGGUGCUUGGAUUGCGUAGGUAGCCUGAGGAUGAGGAUCGCGGCGGCGCUGGCGGCGCUGCUGUGCGCGUCGUGGGCGGCGGCGGCGGAGGCGCAGAAGUACAAUGCCAUCUUCAACUUCGGCGACUCCAUCACCGACACCGGGAACCUCUGCACCAACGGGAAGCCGUCGCAGAUCACCUUCACGCAGCCGCCCUACGGCGAGACCUACUUCGGCACGCCCACCUGCCGCUGCUGCGACGGGCGCGUCAUCGUCGACUUCCUCAGCAACAAGUUCGGGCUGCCGUUCCUGCCGCCGUCCAAGUCGACGUCGGCGGACUUCAAGAAGGGCGCCAACAUGGCGAUCACCGGCGCCACCGCCAUGGACGCGCCCUUCUUCCGCUCGCUGGGGCUCUCCGACAAGAUCUGGAACAACGGGCCCAUCAGCUACCAGCUCCAGUGGUUCCAGCAGAUCUCCUCCUCCGUCUGCGGACAGGACUGCAAGAGCUACCUGGCCAACUCCCUGUUCGUGUUUGGCGAGUUCGGCGGCAACGACUACAACGCCAUGCUCUUCGGCAACUACAACACCGACCAGGCGAGCACGUACACACCGCAGAUCGUGAGCACCAUCGCCGCCGGCGUGGAGAAGCUGGUGGCGAUGGGGGCGCGGAACGUGGUGGUGCCCGGGGUGCUCCCCAUCGGGUGCUUCCCCAUCUACCUCACGCUCUACGGCACCUCCAACAGCGGCGACUACGACGGGCUCGGCUGCCUGAAGAAGUUCAACGACCUCUCCACCAACCACAACAACCAGCUCAAGUCCCAGAUCGCCAGCCUCCAGACCAAGUACCCCUCCGCCCGCAUCAUGUACGCCGACUUCUACGCCGGCGUCUACGACAUGGUCAAGAGCCCCGGCAGCUACGGGUUCAGCACGGCGUUCCAGGCGUGCUGCGGCUCCGGCGGCGGCAAGUACAACUACCAGAACAGCGCGCGGUGCGGGAUGUCGGGCGCGUCGGCGUGCUCCAACCCGGCGGCGCACCUCAGCUGGGACGGCAUCCACCUCACCGAGGCCGCCUACAAGCAGAUCACCGACGGCUGGCUCAACGGCGCCUACUGCAGCCCGGCAAUCCUCCACAGCUGAGCAGGAUCACCGAGGAAGGAAGAGGACGAUCAAGAUCGACCCAUUAAAAAUACUUUAUUUUUUAUCAUCACUAUUAAUUACCUGCGUCUGCGUUGCCGGAGAGAAGAAAAAGGCGUCUCGAUCGGCAGCGGCGGCAGCAUGUGGAAUAACAAUCUCUAUACAUGUUCGUCGUUCGUCCACGCUGUAACCUGUCACCCGUUCUCCAAUCACAAAUCGAUCGAAAUGGUAUAGGUUCGGAGGUUCUCUCCUUCUGCCGAUCA